CUGGAACGUUCUUUGUCCAUGCGACUGCGAAACAGACUGCUCAAGUAGAUUUGCACAAUGGCUGAUGAAAAAGUGACAUCUCAAGACUCUACUGAUGAGGCUCGAAGUAUAUUUGGCGACGCUAUGGUUACAGAACUUAGACCGCCUGAUCACGUGACAUCAGAAGUUGCUGCUAGUAGCACUAGUGAGAAAACUGUGGUUGCAGCUAAACCCAUUUUGCCUACAGCACGUCUGUUGCCGCCAGACAUUUUCAACACGUCACUAUCCGGAAAUGAGAGACCAAUAGAUGUAGCAAAUGAGUAUGUAACAACCGACGCUGCUGUGGCUGCUGCCGAUAGUUCCAACUGUCGUACUGAAACAGUAGGUGACUCGCUUGUAGCAGGCGAACCAGUCCGCCAUCCAAGAGCAGAACCAGCGUAUGCAACUCCCUCAUCAGGACCAGUUGCGACGAACAUUGAUGGGCGAGGAGCAAUAAACAUUACUGGCGGAAUUGUCAACAUUCAAGGAAACGUCAACGUUGGUGUUAGCACCACAAAUUCAAGUAAACAUUCUUAAUUUUCCCAUGGCUCGAUCCAUAGCCGCCAUUUCAUUUUGUUUUUAUUUUAAUAAUUAUUAAUUUUUAAAUUCUUAUUUGUCUGAAUGUGUGUGUGUGCGUGCGUGCGCGCGCGUGUGUGUUUAGCGUCGGACAGGAAUGUAAUGGUUUGGCUGUGCCCUAACAGGUAGUUUUGUAGUAGUGUCAACUGCUAAGAAUGUACUAUGGGAUAACAAUUUAUCUCUCAAAUAACGCUGAAUAUUUCAGAUAACUGGUCGAUGUUAACUCUCCUGGUGUGCAAACAGGUGCCCCUGGGCAU